GUUCGGUUCAACUCUGACGAUUAUUCACAAAUCUCGGCAUAACGUGAGACUAUGCCCAUUUGGUAAACCUUGCGAGAACACUUUCAUCUGCUAGAACCAUUGGCCUCGGUCUUGUCGGUUUUCCUUCAUUGAUUGUGGAUCCCCCCUCCCCCCCAAAAAACGCUGAAAGCGUUCUAUGGUUGAGAUUCGGCAAAUGCUCCUACGAAGGUUAGAUUUGCUGUCAGGUGCGGGAGCUUGCCCCUGGAACUCUUUGUCUACAUGGAAGGUAUAUAUAAAGCUUCCCCACCACCCCGGGUCGACAUCCGCCUUCUUGGUCUUGCGAGUGACUCAACCAUCAUGAUCUUGAAUUCUUCCCACUACCCAGUCGCCCUGCUUGCAGGCGCUGUGGUCUUCCUUGUUUAUACGGUGACCGCCCUCCAGCGGAAAUAUACUCAAUACCGCAUCGCCCGUGCGAACAAUUGUCAACCGGUACGUUGCCAUGUCAACAAAGACCCCUUCCUGGGACUCGACAACAUUCGCGACAACCUCGAUGCCGCCAAGAAGCACAUCCUCCUCGAACGCUCGCGGUCUCGCUUCCGUCAAUUUGGAAACACCUUUCGCGCCAGACGUCUGCGGACCCCUAUCAUCGUCACGUGCGAACCCCAGAACAUCAAAACGAUCUUGUCCCUGAAAUUCAAAGACUUCGGACUCGGCAAUCGGAUCGACGCAUUCGGCCCUUUGCUCGGUCAUGGAAUUUUCACGACGGACGGCGACCACUGGGCGCAGUCGCGCGCCAUGAUCCGUCCCAACUUCGUCAAGGAUCAGGUCGCGCAUUUGGACAUCUUCGAGGAGCUCAUGGCCGAUUUGCUGGCCUUGAUCCCGACCGACGGCACCAUGGUCGACCUGCAGGAGUUGUUCUUCUGUUACACGAUCGAUUCGGCGACGGAAUUCCUAUUCGGACACAGCGUCCAGUCCCUCAAGAAACGGAUUUCGGGGGUGGAACUGGACGACAAGGAUUUCGCCAGUUCGUUCAAUUAUGCGCAGGACGCCAUUGCGAAAAAUACGCGUUUGGGCCCGCUGAGACACUUUUUCCGAGAUGCUAAGGCGGAACACUGCAAUCAGGUGUGCCAUGAGUUGGUUGAACAGUUUGUGGAAAAGGCGUUGAAAUAUCGUGCCAAUUACGACGAGGAGAAGGCUGCGGCAAACGACGACGACAAGAAAAAGCAGAGGUAUCUGUUUUUGCAAGGGUUGGCGCACCAAACCGGUGAUCGUACGCGGAUUCGGGAUGAGUUGAUGAAUGUGCUUCUCGCUGGUCGGGAUACUACGGCAUCGCUGCUGAGCAACAUGUUUUUCAUGCUGGCGAAGAACCCCCGCAUCUGGAACAAGCUGCGCGAGGAGGUCGCCUCGUUGGAAGGUCGCGCUCCGACUUAUGAACAACUACGCAAUCUCACCUAUCUCAAGUACUGCAUGAACGAAUCCCUGCGUAUGCACCCCGUCGUGCCCUCCAACGCCCGCUUCGCCGUCAAUGAUACGGUCCUUCCCGUCGGUGGCGGCCCGGAUGGCCAAGCGCCUGUUUUCGUCCCCAAGGGCUCGAUCGUUGCUUACAGCGUAUACUCGAUGCACCGUCGCGAAGACUUCUAUGGCCCCGAUGCGAACGAGUACCGCCCCGAGCGCUGGGCCGAUCUGCGACCGUCAUGGGAGUACCUGCCCUUCAACGGCGGGCCCCGUAUCUGUGUCGGCCAACAAUAUGCACUGACCGAAGCCGGCUACGUCACCGUGCGACUUGCACAGCAGUUCUCCGUGUUGGAAAGUCGGGAUCCAGGCCCGUGGGAGGAGAACUUGACCUUGACGUUGUGUUCGAGAAAUGGAACCCAGGUCGCCUUGAGACAUUAGGUGAACCAUGCACAUUCCGUUCUUUUCUUAUUUUAGUGUUCAGCGAUGAAAUCAUGGACCACAUGGAGCUUUGUUUCUCUUGGGUAUUCGGGUUUUGAUAGGAACGACAUGCCACGACUAGAUUGAUCAAUAUUCUAUUGAAUCGAAAGUAAACACAUAGUUUAUUCUAGGGGGUAUAAUCCUCCUAAAUCGAAUUCACAGAACAAUACCAGUAUCCGUUGCCAGCUUCAGUCUAUCAGCGGUCAUAAAAACACUUUCAAAUCCCAUCAAGAUGCGAUAGAACUCCUCAGCAAAGACCCCGCGAGUCCAUUACAUUGCCUUAUCCGGAUAAAGUUCAGCCAUCACUUUUCCUUUGUUCUUUUAGUUUUCCAUCAUCCCCGCACAUCGGAGGUACCGGCCCAAUGAAAGACUGGCAAUUUGAUUCUUUGCCGUCCCUCCGCAAUGGGUAUUCUUCACGAAGAUCCUUUACCGCCUCGUCUACUGAUAGAAUUAAGAAAAAGGUAAGCACCGGUGUCGGAGUAGGUGAUAAUCCGGACAAUACGAAAACGAGAUCUCAAGUAAAAGCAAAAUAUACUGAUUCUUGGGAUAUACAUACAUACGAGAGUGUUGAAACAAUAUAUGGAGUAUAACGAAUAAGUAUAUA